AUGUUUGCUUUCUGCGUGAAGCUCAGCCAGUUUCUAUUGUGCUUCUCCAUUUCAUUCCAGCUACAGGUGCGUCCACACUCCCCCCGGCUUCACUUCCUCACUCCGUGACCUCUGACCUUUUCUCCUGACCUCACCUAGGCCUGACCUGAGGACCUUUCCUUAGCUUCAUCUGGACCAUCCAUCAGAUCAUUUAGACCUGCUCUGGCCAAGUGGAGUGGACAAAAGUGUGUUGCAGUGCUGCAUUGUGGGAAUUGUAGUCCACACCACUUUGUUCCUGUGCUGGUGUAUAUGUGGGUGCGAAGUUUCGCCUGAGACGAGACUUUUUCUUCAGGAACUGGAUGGGAUAUUUCUGGCUCAGCUCUGACUGACACCCAGUUCUACUCUGAAGAGCAGAAGCAUGCAGCUGGAUGUGUAGCGUGAAAAAUGGGCUCCGUGCUGUCAGCGUGUGGACUGAAUUUUAAGAAAGAGAAAGUACAAGAGGAGAGGCACCUGCGAGCUAACGACAGAGAAUUUAAUCUAUCCUUCAAGUAUGCUAACAAUGCCAUCAAAACCUCCAAAUACAACAUCUUCACCUUCCUGCCCCUCAACCUGUUCGAGCAGUUCCAGAGGCUGGCCAAUGCCUACUUUGUCUUCCUGCUGAUCCUGCAGUUGAUUCCAGCGAUCUCCUCUCUCUCCUGGUUCACCACUGUGGUUCCUCUGCUGCUGGUAUUGUGCAUCACUCUGGCUAAAGAUGGCUCUGAUGACAUUAACAGACAUAAAAACGACAGACAGGUGAAUAACCGCAGGGUGGAUGUCCUCAUUGAUGGACAGCUAAAGAGUGAGAAAUGGAUGAAUGUUCAAGUUGGAGACAUCAUUAAGCUGGAGAACAACCAGUUUGUCACAGCUGAUCUGCUUUUACUGUCCAGCAGUGAGCCUCUGAACCUGGUCUACAUCGAGACUGCUGAACUGGACGGUGAGACUAAUCUGAAGGUGAAGCAGGCUCUGACAAUAACAGGUGAUUUGGGAGAGAACAUUGACAGACUGGCUGCCUUUAACGGUGAGGUGCGCUGUGAGGCUCCAAACAACCGUCUGGAUAAGUUCACGGGUACGCUAACGGUGCAAGGAGAGACCUACGCUCUGGAUAAUGAGAGGAUUCUGCUUCGAGGCUGCACUCUACGCAACACUGAGUGGUGCUUCGGCCUGGUGCUGUUCGGAGGUCCUGACACGAAGCUGAUGCAAAAUUCAGGGAAGUCUGUAUUCAAGCGCACAAGCAUUGACCACCUGAUGAACGUUCUAGUUCUGUUUAUAUUUGGACUUCUGGCUUGCAUGUGCACCGUUCUGGCCAUUGGGAAUGGGAUUUGGGAGCAUCAGCAGGGCACCUCAUUUAUAGCUUUCCUCCCACGGCAGGACGGGGCAGAUGCAGCCUUUUCUGGCUUCCUCUCCUUUUGGUCCUACGUCAUCAUUCUCAACACUGUCGUGCCCAUCUCACUCUAUGUCAGUGUGGAGAUCCUCCGGCUGGGGAACAGCUACUUCAUUGACUGGGACAGGAAGAUGUACCACACUAAGACUGAUACUCCAGCCCAAGCCCGAACUACUACCCUAAACGAGGAGCUCGGGCAAAUAAAAUACAUUUUCUCUGAUAAGACUGGCACCUUGACCCAGAACAUCAUGACCUUCAACAGGUGCUCCAUCAAUGGGAAGUCAUAUGGUGAAGUUGUGGAUUUCUCUGGGCAGCGGGUAGAGAUUACUGAGAAGACAGAGAAGGUAGACUUUUCAUGGAAUUCGCUGGCAGACCCAAAGUUUUGUUUCCAUGACCAUGUGCUGGUGGAGGCGGUAAAGCAGGGUUCCUCAGAUGUUCAGGCUUUCUUCCGUCUGCUUGCACUGUGCCACACCGUCAUGCCAGAGGAGAAGACUGAGGGUCAGUUAUUUUACCAGGCUCAGUCUCCUGAUGAAGGAGCUCUGGUCACCGCUGCACGGAAUUUUGGUUUUGUGUUUCGUGCUCGUACCCCUGAGACGAUUUCUGUAGUGGAGAUGGGGAUCAACAUCACCUAUGAGCUGCUGGCAGUGUUGGACUUCAACAAUGUCCGCAAAAGGAUGUCUGUCAUUGUGCGAAGUCCAGAUGGAAGGCUAACUCUGUAUUGUAAAGGUGCAGACACCAUCAUCUACGAGAGGCUCCACCCCUCCUGCUCCAAACUCAUGGAGGUCACCACUGAGCACCUCAACGAGUAUGCUGGUGAAGGUUUGCGGACUCUGGCUCUGGCUUAUAAGGACUUGGAUGAAGCAGAGUUUGAGAUAUGGAGAGAGCGCCACCAUGAAGCCAGCACUGCACUGGAGGACCGUGAGGAAAAACUAGAUGCCAUAUAUGAAGAAAUUGAAAAGGACCUUAUGCUCAUAGGGGCGACUGCAGUGGAGGACAAGCUGCAGGAUGGGGUUCCUCAGACCAUCGAGCAACUCGCCAAGGCUGACAUCAAGAUUUGGGUCUUAACUGGUGACAAACAGGAAACGGCUGAGAAUAUUGGCUAUUCCUGCAACAUGCUUCGAGAAGAGAUGACAGAGGUGUUCAUCAUAGCAGCCGAUACAGCAGAGGGCGUGAGAGAAGAGCUAGUGAAUGCCAGAAAAAAGAUGUCGCCUGAUUCACCAGAGGAGCCUCCCUUUCUAAAGAGCAAACUUAGGGGUAAAAAAUCUCAGGUGGUGCUGGAUGAAAAAUCGAACGGAGAGUAUGGGCUGGUGAUUAAUGGACACAGCUUGGCCUAUGGUCUGCAGAAAGACCUUCAGCUGGAACUGUUGCGGACGGCCUGUAUGUGUCAGACGGUCAUGUGCUGCAGGGUCACUCCUCUGCAGAAAGCCCAGGUGGUCGAGCUGGUCAAGAAGUACAAAAAAGCUGUUACCCUCGCCAUCGGAGAUGGAGCCAAUGAUGUCAGCAUGAUCAAGGCUGCUCAUAUUGGAGUGGGUAUCAGUGGUCAGGAGGGCAUGCAGGCUGUUCUUUCCAGCGAUUUUUCCUUCGCUCAGUUCCGAUACCUACAGCGCCUCCUGCUGGUCCAUGGCCGCUGGUCUUACCUGCGCAUGUGCAAGUUCCUGCGUUACUUCUUUUACAAGAACUUCAGCUUCACCUUUGUGCACUUCUGGUAUGGAUUCUUCUGUGGCUUCUCUGCCCAGACGGUGUAUGACGAAUGGUUCAUCACAAUGUAUAACUUGGUUUACACAGCAUUACCCGUCAUUGGCCUCAGUCUCUUUGAUCAGGAUGUAAAUGACCGUUGGAGUAUGCAGUACCCCCAGUUGUACGCCCCAGGGCAGCAAAAUCAGUACUUCAGUAAAAUGGCCUUCGUGAAGAUCCUCCUGCACAGCUGCUACAGCUCCCUCAUCCUUUUCUUCAUCCCCUAUGCUGCUAUGCAAGACACUGUCCGAGAUGAUGGCAAAGACAUCGCGGAUUACCAGUCUUUCGCCCUGCUGGCCCAAACCUGCCUGCUUGUUGUUGUAAACGUGCAGCUUGGUCUGGACACGUACUAUUGGACGGCGGUGAAUCACUUUUUCCUGUGGGGAAGUUUAUCUGUGUAUUUUGCCGUCACCUUCACCUUGUACAGCAACGGCAUGUUCCUCAUCUUCACCUCAUCUUUCCCCUUCAUCGGUACUGCAAGGAACUCUCUGAACCAGCCCAACGUCUGGCUGACCAUCUUCCUGACUGCCCUCCUGUGUGUGCUGCCUGUUGUGGCCUUUAGAUUUCUGCUCAUUCAGCUCCAACCGACCGUUAACGACAAGGUGCGCUAUAAAGUGAGGCAGGCUAAAGCAGUGCUCCCUCCUCCUCCUCGCCGGUUCCCACGGCGACGCAUCAGCACCCGUCGCUCUGGUUACGCCUUCUCCCACGCUCGUGGCUAUGGUGACUUGGUAACAUCGGGUCGCUUCCUGCGCAGGCCAGUGAAGACCAGGCCAGCACUGUUCCCCUUAGCGGAGUCACCUUUAGCAGAAAACUCACCACAGACUUACCGGAGCAUCGGAGAAGGAGCACAAAGCUCCUAACAGGCCUGACACCAGGGGGCGCUCUCAGGGACAAACAUACCCCCCCCCUCAUUGUGAGUGUUUGGGUCGAGUGAAACUUCUACAUCUGUGAAUCUGCGAAUAUGUGCUAAUAUUGUGCACAUUUUAUAGAAGUGCCUGCUGGCAUACUUGCACAUAUUUGUGCACUAGGGGGCAGUGGAACUUUUACUAAAGAAAUCUAGUAGAAAUAGCAAAUCUGUAGAAAUAGCAAUCCAUUUUCAACCCUGCGUAAAGUUGUUUGAUCUUAUACAACAAAAAUUUCAUUGUAGUUAAAGAAAGCAUAGAUAAAAGAGGUAAAAUAUUGGAUAUGAUAAAGAAACUUUUCUUCAUAUUAUUCUUUUCAAUACUUUUUUGACAUGACCUUCAAAAUUCACCUCGCCACUUGGAAAUGCAUCACAACUACAUUACACAAGUAGCCACUCUUAGCUUGAGUAGGGAAAAGCCACAACAAGGAGCAUAACACACUCACUCAUGGCUAGUUAGCCACAGUGAGCUAAUCAGCUAGCCAUGCAAACUUUAUAAUGCAGAAUGUUUUCUUUGAGAAGUCUGAAUGUAACGUACAUAGAUUUUAUGAAUAAUUGCUUUGUUUGACUAAAAGCUUUGCUUUAGAGCUGCGGUGUUGUGCUUUUAUUUAUUUUUUGUUAGCUAGAUGUGUUGCUUUUAGCUAUCUAGCUAGCAGAGUAAAGUAAUUAAGUUGUACCACACGUUAUUGUCAUUGUGAAAUAUUGAAAACGAAGUAUUGAAUUGAUGCUGACAGUUUUGAAUGACUGAAAUCAAAACCUUCUACGGUUCUACAGUUGGGACCUUGGGUAACCCUUCCCCCAAAUACCGGUUGUCCAGUCAUAGCUUAGCAAUGGUAACUAGGCCAAUACCUAGACAUAACAAGCUUUCAGGACUUUACAAUGUGCUGUGGCUAGAGCAGUAAAUCAGAAUCCCAAUGUGCCAAGUGUUUGGAGUAAAAUAUACCCAUUUCUAAAAGGAAAGCACAGAUGAAGAGAUCUGGAUUGAACAGUUUGAAAGACUUUUACAAAUUGAAAAGUCAGUGAGACCGUAGACUUCUGGUUUAAUGCAUGUGGCUAGGUUAGCUAACUAGCAAGCCUAAUUGACAGCUUAUUUGUUAACUCACUGGCUCUAGGGAGUGGAUUUAACCCACAAAAGGAUCACAGCACAUUUAGCCUUAUCACUGAUUGCUUGCCGACUAACACCAGAAGUACUUAAUAAUCCUCAAUGUGCCUAAAUGGUAUCCUGAAAAUGCAUAUAAUUAUACCCUGUAGUGCAUUUGCUAGCUUGGCUAGUCUUGCUAAAAAUUACGAACAGAGCGCCCACUGCUUUGGACGAGACUGCACUUCUGGUUUUGGGUCCCAACCCUCAAUGCCGGUAGAAAUUAUGGUUGGUACUGCACUACUCCAAUGACAAUAACUUGCAAGUGCAUAUAUACAAAACAAAUGAAUAUUUUUUUGAUAUCAUAUUCUAUGACUGACGUUCUAGUUGCCUUUAACAAGUUCAAUGUACAUUUUCAAUUUUUAAAACACCUAAAAAGUCUUGUUAACCACCUACUUAAUGUCAAAAAUGAAGUGCUUUUGAUUGGUUAAAAGUGUAGAGGGUCUUUUGCAUGGGUGGAGCUGGGGGGUAUAUGGCUACUGUAUAAGAAGGGGAUCCCCUUCUUAUUACAGGUUACUCAGACUGCCUGACACUGUGAUUUUGCCUCUUUUUUAUUCUGUUUGAUGUGAUGUAUGAUGUUGGUGUUUCAUGUCUGAAAUGUCUCUAUGAUGUUGUGUAGACUGCAUGUGUCAAAUUGCAGUCCAGAGGCCCACAACACAGGUGGGUUAGUGUCUUUCCUGUGGUCAUCCUAAGUAUAUAAUUAACAUGCAAGAUAUAGGAGAGGACCUAGGACUAAACUAAACUAAAUUUACUUCAGUUAAAGGUUAGAUUUUUCAGUGUUGAUGUUUUCAAUGUGAAAUUCCGCUAAUUAACCAUACAAACAUUUUUCAUGACCUUCUUUUCCAAGGGUGACAAUAAUUAUAGAGCUGGCUGUAUAUACAAAAUGUUAUAAUGUUAUAUUUAAAAAAACUGCAUCAUCUCUCCUGGCUAAAAAGAGUCACCUAUAACUACAAAAUCACAAAAAAGUCAUUUAUGUUAUAGAAUACAUGUAGAACUAAUACAGCUCACUUAAUAUAGCUUACUUUUUAAAGUUCAUGAAUCAUUAUCGUCCCUUCUUUAAUCCAUUACCUUCAUGUGUUUGGCCUUGAUGUGUUAAAGCAUGGAAGAGUAUAAACUCCACAGCGCUGUGGAAGUUCAGGACUGCGGUUUGACACUCCUGUCUGGACACUGGAUACUGUAAAGCAAAACUUGAGCUGACGAGAGAUUAUAUUUUGCUGCCCUUAUGCAUGUAGUUUCUUUUAGCCUACUGAUAUCUUUUAAUUCAGCUGUGCUAAACAGGUUUUCAGGAUGUGUGAUAUUUGUGUCUGGCUUUAACUAAGGUACCACUGACAUUGACCUGCUCAUUUGAAAGUGUCAUCAUGUUUUGUAUGCUGAUUAAUGUUUCAAUAAAUUUUGUUAAAUUACAU